AUGCUUGACUUCACCUGUCCAGCAGUCGAGAUCACAGUCGGCUCAAACAGCGCAGCGACAAAAUUCUACGUCCACAGGAACAUCAUCUGCUUAUCGCCCUACUUCGAGAGAAUCCUGGCCCGGGAAGGGAUGUGGAAAGAAUGUCAGAAUGGGCAAGUGUCGCUUCAAAGCGCGGACCCAGACAUAUUCCGCAUUUACGUAAACUGGCUGUAUUUCUUUCAUCAGAGACUUGCAGGUCGAGAUGAUUCAUCUCUCAACGUGGACAUACACGCCGACUUCUUCCAGAAGGCCAAUUUCUUACAGCUAGCCCAAGCCCACGUGCUGGGAGACUUUUUUUGCGAUGUCAAGUUUGCAGAAGCCGCCGCGAAGGCUAUUGAAACGAAUGUAAAAAGAGGGCCGAAAAACUGCAGGAUCCUCCUUCCUGGGGCUGAAGUCAUUGAUUACAUCUACCAGAACACCGAGGAGACAUCCGUUGCCAGAAAUACUCUGGUAGAUGUAUUCGUGCGCUACGGAAGCGGGCAACAGCUCGAAAAGCUGAAGCCGGCGCAAGAUCACCUUCGAGAGUUCCUUGUCAAUCUCGCUCGCGAUCUCGUCACAAAGGAUCUGAGGUCUGGAUCCAGGGAAUACAGAAGUCAGAAAUGGUUCAAUGGUCAGGAGGAACCUUCUCCUCAGUUCCUUUUCGGUGUCGUCCUCGAUCUCUUGCCUGAUUACAAAGUUUUACGGUGA